AUGGAUGCUGCCAUUACAUCUCUGGUAACCAAUCAUGGGCAAAUUUCUGGGUUUUCUUCAUUUUCUCAGGAAAACAAAUCAAAAUCGCAACUUUUUCCGGUUAUGAGCCUCGAUUUGAAGGAACAUCCAACAGAUUUCACCAACCAAUCCUUAACCGCCUUCUCUUCUUCCUCUGUGGCUCCUGCAAAGACAUCAUCAUUGAUUGGUAUGAGUAGAGGAAUGAGAUGGUGGGAAAAAUCAGCAAAUCACAACAUGUUAGAGAUCAAUUCUGCAAAUCAUCUUGUUGACUCAUUGUUGAAUGCUGGAGAUAGAUUAGUUGUUCUUGAUUUCUACUCGCCUUCUUGUGGAGGUUGCAAAUCUCUCUACCCAAAGAUGUGUCAAUUGGCUGAAUCAAACCCAAGUGUGAUGUUUCUCAAAGUGAAUCAAGAAGAACUUAGAACAAUGUGUCAUGGACUAAACGUCCAUGUGCUUCCUUUCUUUAAGUUCUAUAGAGGAGCAGAGGGUAAACUUUGUAGCUUCAGCUGCACCGUUGCAACGAUUAGUAAGUUCAAGAAGGCGUUGGAUAAGCACGGAAGCGAAAGGUGCAGCCUCGGGCCAGCGAAAGGUUUAGACAAGAAGGAACUUGCGGCUUUAGCAUCGGUCGGGGAACUGAAAAUGAAUCAGCAUUCAUUGACAAUGCACCACCAAGCUAACAUUUUCGGUUAUAAAACAGAGGAACAAUAUCAAAAGAGAUGA